AUGCCGCCCAGGACGAGAGCGGGGGUGCAAAGCCAGAAACAAAAGGAAAAGCUUGCGAACUCCUACAAUGAAUUACUCGAAGAGUUCUCGUCCAAGGAUCUGCGGAGCGUGGGAAAUUACACUCUAGGGAGAUUGAUUGGGAAAGGGUCCUUUGGAAAGGUUUAUCUCGCAUCGCAUAAGCUCACCAAUGGCUCCAAGGUAGUGCUCAAAUCCUCCAGCAAGGAGGAUACCAACUUAGCACGCGAGAUCCAUCACCAUCGUCAAUUCCUCCACCCUCAUAUCGCGCGCCUUUACGAAGUCAUUGUAACAGAGAGCUUGGUGUGGCUGGUGUUGGAAUACUGUCCUGGCGACGAGCUUUACAAUUAUCUCCUCCGCCACGGUCCCCUUCCUGUCGAUAAAGUGAAACGGAUAUUCACCCAGCUGGUGGGAGCGGUGGCAUACGUUCAUAGCAAGUCAUGCGUGCAUCGGGACCUCAAACUGGAGAACAUCCUACUCGACAAGCAUGAGAAUGUCAAACUAUGUGAUUUUGGGUUCACGCGCGAAUAUGAAGGCAAAGCGAGCUAUUUGCAAACGUUCUGCGGUACGAUAUGCUACAGUGCGCCGGAAAUGUUGAAGGGGGAGAAGUACGCGGGCGAGAAAGUGGAUGUAUGGAGCCUGGGCAUCAUUCUCUACGCGCUUUUGGCCGGCGAGCUACCUUAUGACGAUGACGACGACCAAGUCACCAAGAGCCGGAUCCUCACAGAGGAGCCAAAGUACAACGACAAGUUCCCUGAUGACGCCAAAGCAUUGAUCAAUCUCCUUCUCUCCAAACGGCCAUUGAUCCGGCCGAGUCUGGACGACAUACUCGCUCAUCCGUUCCUCUCUGAGCAUGCCCCCGAACAGCUUGCUAUCCUCAAGAUUCCCCGACCCUCGCCUUUCACGACGCCGCUGGAAAAGACGACACUGCAACGAAUGAAGAGCGCCGGUGUCAACAUUGAUGAAGUUAUUGAAAAUGUUCUUGCGCAAAGGUGUGACCCGUUGGCUGGAUGGUGGGCCCUGUUGAUCGAAAAGGAGCAGCGCAAAGAACAGAAGCGAGAGCGCAAACGCCGGGAGCGAGAAGUCGAAGCAAAGAAUCUCCGCCGACUCAGCGCUGCUAGUAGCCGGUUAGAAAAGCUUUCUUCGGCCUUGGUGGAAGUCGACGAGGAAGGCCAUGUCACCUCGGGCUCACUACAGGACCGUGGGCGGCGUGACAGGCGAAGUCUACCAUCCCAGCUGGCGGUACCAGAGCUUCCUGCGCUCCCCGAGCCAUUGCCUGUUCAUUCACCCGAUACGAGCAACCCACCAGCGCCCAUUGAUAAAGACUCUGUCGUUGACAGGCGUUCGAUUACAUCGGCAUCGACGUCGGUUCGUCGCCGUCCCGUGCCUCCUCCAAAGGACACGAGAAGGCGGCCUAGUAUGCUGCAUGUCAGUGCAUCCCAACCAGAGCUUACGCAGCACCAUGGAAUCUUCCGCCGGCGCACUCCUCGACGCCAUCACCCCAUUCUUAGCCAGCUUGCAUCGCUUAAGCAUUGGUUUGUGGAGUCUGCCAAGCGGGCCAAGUCUCCCAGUGCCAGGUCAGGUGGCUCGCGCAAAUUCCUAUCGGAAAAGUUCAGUCCUGCAAAGAGUCAAGAUUCCGGAAAGAAGACCGCGUCAGCAUCUACUGUGGGCGAGGCUCCGACAGAGGUCGUGACGCCGACUCAAAUGAAGCGCAUUUCCACUGCCAGCAGCCUGGCCCCGAGCAGUGCCUCGUAUCGUCAAAAUAGACACUCCUACCCGCGUCAGCCUCGGCCACUAAACACCGGCCAUUCCAGCAAUCGCAACUCUCUCUCGCCUUCUCCUAUCACGCCCCGGGGCUCUUAUCGACGGUCGUCAGCUGGACUGCGUGGCCGCAAAUCAACAUCAUCAUCUGUUUCAUCUAUCCGCAGCAUACAUCAUACCCGUGCGCACUCUAAAGCAUCUUCAAUUUCCUCCAAUAGCAUCGACACCGUUGCGACGCCAACGGCACGAAUUUCCAAGUCUCCUCAUUCGUCUAUUAAAGUUCUGCCUACUACACCUGGCUCGUCUGCCCGCUUUCCGAGCAGCGUUCGGUUGGUGCGCGGUCCCAGUGGACCUCAGAGAGAGCUAGGUGAUCAUAUUGGGCAUUUACCAUCCGCUUUUAAUGAAGCCGCUCCUGGUCCGAUUCUUUACUCGCCGUCCUCAAGUCUAGUCUUUGCUCGCCGAAAGCGAUCUGCUUUCAAGGGACCUAUGAUCCAUACAUCGAACCUGAUGGGCUCAGGCAGCAUGAUCCAUUCCCCUCUCCCUGGUCAGGCUUCAGAUAGCGCAGAUGCGAUUCCCGCCGCUGCACGCCCUGCUGCCCGCAAGAGCCAGAUCAUCGAAGAAGAGGAAGAUGAUGAAGGUUUUGAGGACGAGAUUGAAGAAGUCGACGAAUUUACCGGUCCGGAAGAAGACCUAGACACGGUUACCGCGGAGGGUGACCUUACACCCCGGGUAUCCGCCGCACAGGUCCCCGAGCCUGGCUCCCCUGAAUCGGCCCGCAGGCCGGCACUUGAGCCUGCCCCGGAGCUAGAGUCUAGCCCCAGACCCCCACGGUCAUCAUCGCUUCGUUCGCCGCCGUCUGAGGUAGGAGUAGCACUUUCAGACGAGGCCGUGGAGUCGGUUCAAGACGGUGAUGUCAAGGUUGACAUGACCACAGAGGCCGCUAGCGAGGUCACUACCAAGCCAGUCGCCGCCGAGUAA